AGAGGAGAGGAAAGAGAGAGGAGAGGGGAGCAGCGUGUGGAUAGCCAGGCAUCUCAUCUCUUCUCAUCUGCGGGGGCUGCUGCAGACGUGGCCACAGGCAAUAAGGCGAUGCUCCAGCUGUAACCAGCACCCAGGUCUGCUGCGCUAACUAACCCUUACGCUAGCUCUGCCUCUGCUCUCGCACGUGUGUGUGUGUGUCUGUUUGUGUGUGUGUGUGUGUGUGUGUGUGUGUGAGGAGGAGCUCGCUGAGGUGUCGAUGUGGGGACGUGGAGUAUGACAUUGACUGCCAGAGCUCUUUUUUUCCCUCAGGGCUUGCCCGUCAGUGUGUGUGUGUGUGUGUGUGUGUCAAAUUGCCACUGAGUGCAACCCUUAGAUGGAGAGGAAGAGACAGCAGUGAGGCUGCGUGUGUGUGUGUGUGUGAGAGUGAGUAGCGUGAGAGUGUGAGAGAGCGAGGGUGUGUGAGCUGUGUGAUCUCUGUGUGUGAGCUGUGUGUGUGUGUGUGUGUGUGGAGGUGAGAAGAGGAGGGGUCAGCCGCAUGCAGAGUUCUAUGUGUGUGUGUGUGUGUGAAGGUGUGUGUGCCGGAGGUAGGGCUAGGGAAGGUAGAGACUGAGCACAAUGCAAGGACAUCACAUCAAUGAGAGGCAGAGCUGCUGAGGAGACGGAGAGAGGAGAAGAAGCCUGGAGUCUGGGCGGAGGUCAGUGAACGAGAUAGAGAGAGAGAGAAGGAGAGAGGGAAGAAGAAGGGAGAGAGAGAGAGACGGAGAGGAGGAGGAAGACGACGAGUGCAGAGGGAAGAUGCAGAGUCAAGCCGCCGGGCCCGGACAGAUGUAGUUUCAUCAGGGACUGCAGCAGCACAGGAGCAGGAGCAAGAACAUAUGUUUGACAACACACACACACACACACGUCUGACGACACAGUCUAGAAGCUGCUUCUUACCUCACGUCACCUCAUCACUUUUCCUCCGACGCUCCGUCAUCAGCAGACCCCUCCUCGCCCCGCGUUUCUCCCCCGAGUGGACUCGUCCGACUGACGGACAGGACUUUUUUAGAGGACCCUUCCUCUUCCUCACUGGAGCACUCAUCUUCGUCACCCUUAGCCUCUGGACUAGACGAGCACUCACCGCCCCACCACCUGAGAGGAUUGUUCUUUAACACUGGAGUCUUCAUCGUCACCAGAGUCUUCCUCAAUUGACUCUGUCUCAGCAGUGAGGUCUGGCUGACUAAACAAACACACACACACACACACACACACACACACCCUGCGGCUUUUCACAUCUCUCUGUUGGACAGAGAACACACACACUCACACACAUACACACACACACCUCCUAAGGAGUGGAGGUCGUUGUGCAGAGGUCAUCACCAGCCUCAUCUGAGAGGACUGAGUGAAAGCCCAGGAAGAGAGAGACAGAGAGAGGAGGAGAGAGAAGAGAAAAGGAAGGAGGGAGGACAGAGGGGGUGCAGUGCUCCUUUGAAGAAGAGAGAGAUCCUGUCUCUGUUCAGUUACACAAACAGAACCCCAGUUCUGUGUUCCAUCUCUGGAAGAACACCACAGUUCCGUGUUCCGUCAGGGGAAUAGAACUUCAGCUCUGGUUUCCCCCAUUUCUCUGUGCCUCAUGGGGAGUGUUCCCCAGCUGUGAGGAGUGAACUGUACACACACACACGCACACACACACACACACACACACAGCCUGUGUGGAGAAGAGCCGCUUUCUCUGUGGAGUGAAGCCAAACUCUCGUCACCAUGGGAGAGUGGACGAUUCUGGAGAGGCUGCUGGAGGCCGCUGUCCAGCAGCACUCUACUAUGAUCGGCAGAAUCCUGCUGACAGUGGUGGUCAUCUUCCGUAUCCUGAUCGUAGGCAUAGUGGGGGAGAAGGUGUAUGAGGACGAGCAGAUGAUGUUCAUAUGUAACACACUGCAGCCCGGCUGCAACCAGGCCUGCUACGACAAGGCCUUCCCCAUCUCGCACAUCCGCUACUGGGUCUUCCAGAUCAUUCUGGUGUGCACGCCCAGCCUGUGCUUCAUCACCUACUCCGUGCACCAGGCGGCAAAGCAGCGCGACCGCGCCUACACCCACCUCCAUGGGCCGUACAUCGACCACGGGCACGCGCCAGGCCGCAGCAAGCUGCAGCGCAUCAACGGCAUUCUGGUGCACUCGGGGGAGAAGGAUGACCACGAGGAGGGCAAGGACCUGCCCAAUGCGCCACGCGGCAUGGGGGGCACCGGCAAGGGCGGCAUUAAGGUGCGGCGGCUGGAGGGCGUGUCGCGCUUCUACGUCAUCCAGGUGGUGUUCCGGAACGUUCUAGAGAUCGGCUUCCUGGCGGGUCAGUACUUCCUGUACGGCUUCAACGUGCCAGCCAUGUUUGAGUGUGACCGCUAUCCGUGCGUGAAGGAGGUAGAGUGCUACGUGUCACGUCCGACGGAGAAGACGGUCUUCCUGGUGUUCAUGUUCGCCGUAAGCGGCAUCUGUGUGGUACUCAACCUGGCCGAGCUCAAUCACCUGGGCUGGCGCAAGGUCAAGACGGCGAUUAGGGGAGCGCAAGCCCGACGCAAGUCCAUCUGCGAGAUACGCAAGAAGGAUAUGUCGCACAUGUCGCAGGUGCCCAACCUGGGCCGAACGCAGUCCAGCGAGUCUGCCUACGUCUGACCCCCAGGGGUUAAAGGUCAGAGGUCAAGAUUAGUCUCUGACCCAUGAGUAGUAGCAUAGCCGAAUCAUUUGAUACCACGAGGAUAGGACUCGUUAUGAAGUGACAAAAAUACUAGAAUUUAUUCCGUUUUCAUACUUUAUUCAGAGGGACAGCAGGUGCAGGGUAGCAUAUCCGCACCUCUCAAUGGUCUCCCAAUCCCUUCACCAAACCACCUCAAGAAUUUUUUUUGAGUGGGAGGCAGGUAGGAAAAACUUUUCUGGACAGUCAAAAAUACACUGACACACACACACACACACACACACACACACACACACACACACACACACACACA